AUGGAGGUAAUUAUAGGAUCAUAUGAAGAAUUCAUUUUUGGGUACAAGGUCAAAGAGAAAAAUGGAAAAUUGCAGUUUGUCCUUUCCUUCACAAAUCACUCACAUUGUGGCAGCAUACGAUCUAUUGCUGCUACAAAGACAUUCUUGGCCUCUGGAAGCACUGAUGAGAGCAUUCAUCUCUUCAACCUCGAGAAGCGGUCUGAAUUCGGAUCACUGAUGGAGCACAAUGGUACUGUCAACUGUCUCUGCUUUCAUGGAAAUCACAUGGUCAGUGGAGGUGAGGAUGGUACAAUUUGUGUGUGGAAUACCAAACAGUGGACACUGGAAGCAAAACUCUUACCAUCUCAUAAAGAUGGUGUUAUCUCCUUCAGCAUCCAUCCUUCUGGGAAAUUGGGAUUAUCAGUGGGGAAGGAUAUGACAAUGAGGACUUGGAAUUUGAUUAGAGGACGAUCAGCUUAUAUCACCAAUAUCAAGGCAGUGGCAGAUCAUGUAACCUGGUCUCCUGAUGGUGAACAUUAUGCACUUGUGAUCAACAAGAAAGUCGACAUCUACACUGUUUCAACAGCUAAGGUUGUUUAUAGCAUACAAUGGCCUGUGUCAGUGACCUCAGUGGCAUUUAUUGAUGAGGCAGUAGUUGCUGUGGGAGGAGAGAAGAAAUCUAUUGAGAUACAUAGUUUGACAACUAAGACUUGCAUCUGCUCCUUUGAAGCUCAUGAGAGAAGAGUAAAGGCCUUGAAAUAUGCAGCACCACAGUGGCUUUUCAGUGCCUCUAGUGAUGGAUUCAUCAAGCUGUGGCACUUGGAAGCAUAUCAGACUGGAAGAAAACCAGGACUUCUGGCUCAGGUGAACACGACCUGUAGGAUCACGUGCAUGACUGUACGGGAAACUGGUGAUGUCACAGAGUUGGAGAAUUUAAAAGCUUGUUUGACUCCAGCUACCAAAUGUGAACCAGCCAAUGAACACGAUGUCAAACUAUCACAUGAAGACAUGACGCCAAGAAAGAAGCUGCAUUCAAGCAGACGUGAAUCAUGGGAAGAAGGGACAGAGGUUUCACCCAGAAAUUCCCUCAAUGUGACCAAUGGAGAGCACAGGAGUAGAAAACGUAAGAAGUCUGUUAGGCUUCUCACACCUUCACAAAAGCGAAUGUUGACACUAAGAGGGAGUAGCUCAAGACGAAAGAAAAAGGACAUGCAAUGA